UGGCUUUGAAACUGUUUGCGUUGGCAUGUGCAGAGAUCAUUCCUUUAUUCUCAAGACCCCGCUAGACCACAAACACGCGGUAUGUUAUCACUGACAGCGCAAAAUGGGGGUCUGUGAAUAUUCUCUCUCUGCAGCAUUCCAGAGCAGGCAUGAGUCAGUCACGCGCAAGAGACCCCGUCUCGGUUUUUCACGAUGGGUCUUUGGUUUUCUGCUUCCAGUCUUCUGGUCACUGUCGUCCGGAUCUUCAGCAGCUGUCUACAGUGACAAAAAUGAGUUUCACGGGCAGCGUCCGGUCCUUCUCCGUCAGCCGUUCCACUCCGACCGGGCAGAGUACAUUCGUUUCCCAAUGAGUGUGCAAGGAGACGUGACAGAAGACAACGUGGAGGCCGUCGAGGAAAUAAGUCGGCAAAUCGCUCGGGAGGUUCACUUGCAGCAACUCAAAAGAAAGCGCCAAAAGGGUAAAAAGAAACUCCCUUCUGCUUCCGACCAGCCCAACUCAAAACAGCCCGCUGCAAAGGACGAAAGCGGAAAAGGGGAAGCAGGGAAUCAGCGAGAUCCAGCAACCAAGCCUGGAACGGCGGAAAAAGAAGCAAGGGCACAAACUGUAGCCGAGGCGGAAGCAGGUGGAAACGCAGCGAGUGCCGUGGAGGAAAGUCCCGACGACAACGGAGGAAAUGCAGACGAGCGAGAGAGAGGAGAAACUCAGGAGACGGAAACAGCAGAACCGACAGAACAGUCUGUGGGGGGACCUGCGAGAGAAGCGGACGAGGAAGGAGACGUGGAGAGCAGAGACGAAAGGGCAGAGAAUCUUGAAUCUUCGAACGACUCAGCUGACGGCGAUGUGUCCUCUGUGGGAGGACGGUUGAUCAUCGGGUUGACUGAAAUUACUUUUCCGACUUCGCCCCAAACAACGCGCGUCGGCGCCGAGGUGAAUCAGCACAAAUACGGAACACCGCGAGGCGCUGACAACACACAGUUGUCGGGUUUUGCGUAUCCACCGAUGUCGCCUGACUCAGAGGACGCGGAAACCGACAACAGGGAAAGGACAGAAAGUGGGAACGGCGGCGAAACGCCGCUUUCCCGCAAUGUUUUCGACCACGCUGAGGCUGUGCGUGAAGCGAAAACUCGACUUCAGAGCGACAGAUUGACAGAGUUGGGAAUUGUGAAGGAAAUGAAGGUGCUCGAGAACGUGGGGCUGGUGGUUCUCGAGUUGAACGACGAUUUGUCGGAAGACGCGAUCCGCGAAACCAUAAAGACCCUGUGGCAAAGAAACCCGUCGACGUGGCUCAUCGAAUCCGACUCAGAGGUGACUUUCCGAGGCAGAGACGAGUUCGCUUCAGGAGACCUAGUCGUCGUACCAGACGUCGCCAAUGACGCAGCGGAACUGCUGCAAGAUGUGUUUCACGCAGAUCUCGAAUUCAGUGAAGAACACAAGCGAGAACACCCCGAGAAACAGACAGAGGCAGAGACAGAACCGCUAGCCACAGGCCUUCACGACGAUGUCAGAGAGGUAGGAGAGGCAGCAGCGCGAGGCGAGGAUGAGGAUCUCAGCGCAGGAGACGCUGGGGAACCUGAAGUCGUUGUGUCUACCUGGGAACGAAACACAGUAGAAGACAAGAUGACGAAAGACAGUGAAGCUGGCGGAGAAAACACUUUUAAGAGGGCGAGCAAAGAGAAGAAUCGUCCAUUCACACCACUGUAUGAAACAAAGGACACGCAUUCCGACACUAACCUAGGCGAGGAGCGAAAGCGCCCCAAGUUCUUGACUUUCCUCCAGGAAAACGAAGAAACGACAGACCCAGGAAAGAGUGACCUAUCAGUUGUACCCUCUAGUGAAAUUCAUGCCAAAAACCAGAAGCAAAGUCCCCGCUCUUCCUCCCCGUUUUCCUCUCCAAAGAAGGAACGGGAACAAGAGAGAAAGGGCACUCGCAGAAAGGCUGAAUCUGCAUCCAUUCGGAUAUCGAGUUUGCAAGCACAAGAAGAGUACACCAGUAAGGAAACUAAAGACUCGGAAGACACACAGAUAGACUAUGACAUUCCAAAGACCCACCCUGCUGGAAUUCUCAAGCCUGCCACAGGCAUUGUCCCCCUCAGUCUGUACGAGGCGGUUGACUCUGCCAUUCGUGAGUCUGUUUCGGACAAUUUUUCUUCCGGCAGCCCGCUCUUUCGCUCUGAUGUUUUGUGCCCUUCCCCCUCGUCUUCGGCUUCAGAAAGCUCUCACCAGCGUUCUGCCCAAGUGGACCGAUCUGCAGACACUUCCUCAAAACAUUCAACACCCGAUUUCUCACAGUUGGCAUCUGCGUCCGCGCCCUCGGCCUCGCCCCGAUCCCCGUUGGUAAAGGGUCGAGGGAAUUCGAUUUUCCUCUUCUCCGGCCCCGUCAGACAUUUGGGGAAAAUGCCGAACGACAGCUUGUUCUCAAGACAGUGGGCUUACCACGAACCGCGAGUGAACGUCAGAGCCGUGGAAGCUUGGAACAUGGUGUAUGCGCAUCGCCUUUCUCGCUCGGCGAAUUCGAGUGCCUCCGCGGGGCAGAGACUGGCAGAUUUCCACACGGCAGAGCAGGGAGAGGCAAGUGCCGAGAACGCACACCGAGAGAGUGCAAACGAUGAAAAACAGAAACGAAGCGUCCGUCGCGAGAAGGAGCUUGCCAAGGAACCCUCAGACCUCGAGAAUCCCAACGGGAAACGAAAAGGCGCAAAGAAAGAGCCGAUCAUCGUCGCUGUCAUCGAUACAGGGGUCGACUACAACCACGAAGAUCUCCGGACACAAAUGUGGCGGAACGAAAAGGAAAUUCCCAACAAUGGAAUUGACGACGACGGAAACGGAUAUGUCGAUGACAUCCGCGGAUACGACUUUGAGGGAAAGACAAAUGACCCGAUGGAUUCAAACGGUCACGGCACCCACGUUGCUGGGAUCAUUGCUGCCGCCGCGAACAAUCGAAGAGGCAUUGCAGGCGUGAACUGGGAGGUGAAAGUAAUGCCUCUGAAGUUCAUUUCGAGGAGCAGUGCUGCAGCGGAGGCAAUAGACUACUCUCUUCGGAUGGGUGCGAAAAUCAGCACAAACAGUUGGGGGUACACCACCCCGUCGGAGGGUUUGCGUCUCGCGAUUGAGCGAACGGCAAAGAGAGGCCAGCUGUUUGUCGCCGCUGUCGACAAUGCAGGCAAAGACAAUUCUGUAGAAAACGAUUUUCCUCCCAACUGGGGUCACGACACGAGAACGGGUGCUGGCUUUAAAAGUCUGUUGAGAGUCGCAAAUCUAUCUCCCGGAGGGAUCGUCGCCGCUUCCUCCAACUGGAGUCCCUACACUGUCGACGUGGCUGCACCCGGAACUGACAUCAUCAGCACCAUUCCAACAGGACGCUUCCCAGAGGGUUACGGAUAUAAGACAGGAACGUCCAUGGCCACGCCCCUGGCAGCAGGUGUCGCUGCAAUGGUGUGGAGUGCGCAGCCCAACAUGACUGCGGCAGAAGUUCGCGAGUGUAUCAUGAGAACUUCGACGAAAAUGAGAUCUCUCGAAGGACGCGUGGCUUCGUCCGGGGUCGUCAACGCCUACGCCGCGGUUCUGGACGCGUUGGGAGAGCCUGUGCCUUCUGCGGCGCUGAACGAGGAUGUCACUGAAGCUCCGUCUCCAGGUCAAACUGUUUUUUCUUUUCUCGGAGGGAAUCCUGGAAUCCCCCCCUCUGCCUCCUCAGUCUCGUCUUCGACUUCUUCUCUUACACUCUCUCCCGCCGGAGGUCCCGGUGGCGCGCUGGCACUCUCCGGCCUCGACUCACUCGUCGCAAGUAUGGCGCAGCUCCUGAAUCCUUUUAACCGCUUGCUUUUCUCGAGCUAAAAACGAGCUUCUUUCAGCCCUGACAUUCUCAGUUGCGUCGCGGUCUCUGGAGCACUUGAAUCGAGAAAAACGUACAACUGCGUCACCGAAACUCACCUCGACACAGUCCCCCGCGCCUCUGCCGAUUCACGAGCGAUAUCGGCAGCUUCCUGGGGUGAGUGCACAUGCGGGGCGUCCGCAUCCUGAGCUUCUCUGCUUCCGCUCUCAGAGACUCUGCACUGUGUUUACCGUAACAAACAUCGUGGUUUAUUCUCUUCAGCCGACAAAGACCGGAGACAGGGGUCUUCGGGAGGAGAAAUAGAUGCCCUUUCGUGCGAAGUGGCGUGUGCGCUCUCAGCUUCUUUUCUCGUCUUUUGUCGUGUGCAGAGAGAGUCUUUCAGGGGUCUGUGGCUUUGUCUUCGACGCGUGCAUUGCAUGCGCAAGUGCGUCUACAGAGCGAAAGAAAUCUUUUUUCGCGCGCACUUUGUCACGGGGCGUCAAGAGGGGAGAUCACACAGAGACACGCGUGCCAGGUCGUAUGUCAAGGAGACACACGCGCCUCUUUGCAUGCAUACAUUGGAAAACGAAGCGCGCAGUCGUCUCAUUCACAAAAAUAUCUAGAGAGGUAUCUAUUCACAUGUACACACCUAUGGGUGCAUUUGUACGAAUGUAUGCAGGUUCAAUUUGUGUCAGAUUGUAUGGCUAUACAUGUAUGGAAUAUCCAGGUAUUCCUGUGCUCCUAUGGAUUUACACGCACGUAGAGAUCUACAUAUAUCCAUGCAUACAUAACUAUGCUCAUAUAUAUAUAUAUAUAUAUAUAUGUAAAGGUGUAUGCGUACACACGUAUAUGGAAAGGUGUCGACACAGGUUGUUUUGAUUUUUUGGAGACUCACAGGGAGUCGAUCUUUUUUCUUCAGGUGGACUGCAUGCAUCGUUUUCGUUGCGGGUUGUACCACGUAUUUGUUCGAAACAACAAGUCUUUCGCUGCCAAAAGGCACACCUAUCAUCGGGUUUGAAUGCACACAAACACACAAGCACCGAGACGCGCCUCGAAAAUCGAAAUUCCAGAACUCACAGUUUCUACCCCACAACAAAUCAAAC